CCUCUCACCGAGUCCACUGCCUCUGGCACCUGGGGGACCCUGCGGCCUUUAGGACGGGAGAGGCGGCUCCAGUUGUCAGCCAGUCCCCAGGUGGGAGAAGAUUUGCAAUUCAACACUCCGCUCUCUAUCGGAGCCUUGUGACUUGGCCGAGCUCCUGGGGAAGCCACCUGCCGGGUUCGGUGUCCCGGGCCCAGCCUCCCUGCUCCUGAGGGCGUGAAGGGAGCCACUGGCGGCAUUUUUCUCCCAGGACUUGGUGGCGGCGGCGAGGAGGCGGCCAGCAUCCUGAGGGCGGGGCCAUGGAGGAGCAGGCCCGCACCUGUGGCUCCACCUGGGAGCCCUCGAAGGACAAGGGCCACCCGGAUUCACCUUGGUCGUGGAUCCCCAUAAUGAGAGACCCCGGAUGGAUUCGAAAUGUAUGGUCUUCGAACAUCAACGUGAGUGAAGCUGCUGCGAACGUCCUCAUGGCUCAAACCAUGAACUACGUCGGGCAGCUGGCGGGCCAGGUGUUCGUCACCGUGAAGGAGCUCUACAAGGGCUUGAACCCCGCCACCUUGUCCGGAUGCAUCGACAUCAUCGUCGUCCGCCAGCCCAACGGGAGCCUGCAGUGCUCGCCCUUCCACGUCCGCUUCGGGAAGAUGGGUGUCCUGCGCUCCCGGGAGAAAGUGGUCGACAUAGAAAUCAACGGGGAGUCCGUGGAUUUGCACAUGAAACUGGGAGAUAACGGAGAAGCAUUUUUUGUUCAAGAGACUGAUAAUGAUCAGGAGGUGAUCCCCAUGCACCUGGCCACCUCCCCCAUCCUGUCGGAAGGAGCCUUGCGGAUGGAGUGCCAGCUGCGGAGGAACUCGGUCGACCGGGCGCGCGGCCUGGACGCUGGCGCGCCGGCCCCAGUCCUGGCUCCCAGCGAGGCCCCUUCCGGCAGCUCUUCGGUGAAGAAGAGAAGGAAGAGGAGGAGGAAGUCCCAGCUGGACAGCCUGAAAAGGGACGACAACACCAACACGUCGGAAGACGAAGACAUGUUCCCCAUCGAGAUGAGCUCCGAUGAGGAGACGGACCCGCCGGACAGCAGUAGAACUCUCUGUAACGACACGCCGCCAUUCCAAGAAGACGUCCCCAAGGAGAACCUUCCCUCGGUCCUGACUUACCCCCAGUCGGCGUCGUACCCCAACUCCGAUCGGGAGUGGUCCCCCAGCACCAGGAGCCUGCUGGACGGCCAGCGGAGCCCCCCUCACCUGGCGGACCUGGCCGAGGGCGGGCUGUCUAGUUCUUGCCCUCCGCAGCCGUGCCUCCUCCUCGCCUCGGACAGCCCCUCAGGGUCCCGGCCUUCCACGCCCAAAAGCGACUCGGAGCUGGUCAGUAAGUCCGCGGCGGACAGGACGAUGCAGAAGAGCAACCUGGAGAUGCUCUGGCUCUGGGGGGAGCUGCCGCAAGCCGCCAAAACUUCGCCACACAAGACGAAAGAUUCCAGCCCUCUGAGCAGCAGGAAAAUCUGUGAGAAAAUUCACUUUCAGGCCAUUCACAGUGAAUCUUCCGAUGCGUUUAGUGACCAGUCGCCGACGUCGGCUGGGGCACCUCGCGUGCAGCCACUUUCAGAGCAGAGCAAGUCGCAGACAGAGAUGCAGUUUGUGAACGAGGAAGACGCCGAGGCCUUGGGCGCCGCGGCCCCGCCGCCGCCGCCGCCCGCCGCGGAGGACGCCAGAGCCCUGGCUGCCGUGGCGAGCAAGACCGAGUCGCCUUCCAGGAGAAAAGACAAACGAAGCAGACACCUCGGUGCCGAUGGCGUCUACCUGGAUGACCUCACGGAGAUGGACCCCGAGGUGGCUGCCCUGUAUUUCCCCAAAAACGGGGAUCCUGCCGGGCUCCCCAAGCAUGCCGACAACGGGGCCCGGUCAGCCAACCAGUCCCCCCAGUCCGUGGGCAGCUCCGGCGUGGACAGUGGCGUGGAGAGCACCUCCGACGGCCUGCGGGACCUGCCGUCCAUCGCCAUCUCCCUCUGCGGCGGCCUCAGUGACAACAGGGAGAUAACCACAGAAGCGUUUUUGGAACAAGCCGUGUCGUAUCAGCAGUUUUCGGACAACCCUGCACUCAUCGACGACCCCAACCUCGUGGUGAAGAUCGGGAAUAAGUACUAUAACUGGACCACGGCGGCCCCGCUGCUCCUGGCCAUGCAAGCUUUCCAGAAGCCUCUGCCAAAGGCCACUGUGGAAUCCAUCAUGAGGGAUAAGAUGCCCCGAAAGGGAGGAAGAUGGUGGUUUUCAUGGAGGGGAAGAAAUACCACAAUCAAGGAGGAAAGCAAGCCGGAGCAGAGCCUGGCUGGCAAGAGCCACAGCACCGGGGAGCAGCCGCCGCAGCUCGGCAUGGCCACCAGAAUGAAGCACGAGUCGUCCUCCAGUGAUGAGGAGCGCGCGGCCGCCAGGCCCUCCAGCGCCGGCCACCUCCCGCUGCUGUCCGGCGUCGGCUACAAGAAGACCCUCCGGCUCACGUCGGAGCAGCUGAAAAGCCUGAAGCUGAAGAACGGCCCCAACGACGUGGUGUUCAGCGUCACCACGCAGUACCAGGGCACCUGCCGCUGCGAGGGCACCAUCUACCUGUGGAACUGGGACGACAAAGUCAUCAUCUCUGACAUCGACGGGACAAUCACCAGGUCGGAUACUCUCGGCCACAUUCUGCCCACCCUCGGCAAGGACUGGACCCACCAGGGCAUCGCCAAGCUGUACCAUAAAGUGAGCCAGAACGGGUACAAGUUCCUCUACUGCUCUGCGCGGGCCAUCGGGAUGGCGGACAUGACGAGGGGCUACCUGCACUGGGUCAACGAGAGGGGCACGGUGCUGCCGCAGGGGCCUCUGCUGCUGAGCCCCAGCAGCCUGUUCUCCGCCUUGCACAGGGAAGUGAUCGAAAAGAAGCCAGAAAAGUUUAAAGUCCAGUGUUUGACGGACAUCAAAAACCUGUUUUUCCCAAACACAGAACCCUUUUAUGCGGCCUUUGGAAACCGACCUGCUGACGUGUAUUCGUACAAGCAAGUGGGCGUGUCCCUGAACAGGAUAUUCACCGUGAACCCCAAAGGGGAGCUGGUGCAGGAGCACGCCAAGACCAACAUCUCCUCGUACGUGCGACUCUGUGAGGUGGUCGACCACGUUUUCCCACUGCUGAAAAGGAGCCACUCGUCUGACUUCCCCUGCUCGGACACGUUCAGCGACUUCACCUUCUGGAGAGAGCCGCCGCCCCCGUUUGAGGACCAGGACGUCCGCUCCGCCUCGGCGUGAACUCUCCGCGCGCGAGUGAGCGCCCACGUGGUGGGAGCCGGCCCACGCCCCCUCGAAGGGCGGGCUCUGGGAGCCCAGGAGCGGAGCUGGGGACCCUGGCGUGCAGUCACUUGCUGGAGAGCGGAGAGAGUCGAGACGCACGCUCCCUGCCCCGCGGCCCUGAGGGCUGACAAUUCUAAGUCAACUGCUACGAAGGGUGCGCUUCACGGGCGACGACUGGGCGCCCGUGCAGUGGGAGGCGUUCCCCGGCUGCCGCUGAGAGCCGGCGCCGGCACCGCCCUCCCGGCCUGCAGCGCGUCCUCGGUUGGUGGUCCGUGUGCGGCGUGCACCCGUGACCCCGACCAGAGGUGGCCGCCGGGCCCUGCUGGGGGCAGUGUAACUGAGGAAUGCCCAAUGCGCACGACUGGAGUGCGGGCCACACUCCCUUGGGGCAGCUCGUACCCCUCUUCUGCACCGGGUGGGAGGGGUGUGUGGGGUCACGCCAGCCGAGUGGGGGAGGUGGGGGGCUCUGGAGGGACUGCAGGCCUCGCUGCCCUGGGCACGCCUUGCGGAUGUUCCCCUGCAGUAUUCGCCGACUGGUCCACGUUAUAGGCGACGAGCCCUUCUUUAAAUCCCUUUGGUUAACAAUAACCUGCGUGACCCGCUGAUCUCCCGCGCCCUGCGUGCGGCUCGAGGCUGGAGGGUUUAGGCCCUACCGCACCUGUGGCAGGCUCUGUCCGGCCCUCGGUAGCGCCGCCGCGCCUUAAGUUCAGAUCUCGGAGACGUUUCCGGGGCAGCGUUUCCGCGACCCCCGCCCGGCCCGCCGCCGGCGGGCAAGGCCCCUUUCCCCCAGCAAGGGCGUGUGCCGGCCCUGGGCCCUUGACCGGAGCCGGCGCGGAGGGUCGUGAGGUCCGUUUCCGUUGGAAGCUCUCAGAAAAAACUGCUCGGAUUUAAGAAGAUAGUUUCAAGAAGUUAAAUUACAUUCUCUGUAGAUGUUAUUUAUUACUUUCCUCUGAUUGGGUUAUUGCUGUAAGCACUUAGCCAUAUUCUUUCUCCAUUAACGGCCGUCGAUACACGAAGAAGACACACGCUGGACCGUCCGCAGAGCCUUAGUCUACAGACCUCACAGCCCCGGCCCUCUCCGCGAUCACGCCUUCUGUCUCCCUCGGCCUGUCCCGCGCGAACCAAGGGCCGGCGGGGAAACGGUGGUCCGAGCGACAUUCUUUAAGCCAGUAGGAGACGAGUCUCCGAACUUGUUCAUUACAUGGGCUCGCCGAGAGAGAACAGUUUGAAGAGUCAAAGAAUUAUUUUGGUAAAAGAUUUUGCUUUAUUUUUUGAAGUAUUAUUUUUCUAAGGAGCGUUUUCCUCCAGUGAUGGAAGUGCUUUCCUCUUGAACUCGCACUGUGAGAACCGCGGGGCGGGGCACGCGCGUGGAGCGGCUGCGGGGGUGGUGCUCUUUCUGUGAAAGAGCGUAGCGUAGCGGCCUCGCUGCGGUUGGGGGUGGGGGCGCUGGGGAGCCGAGGGGCCCCGCGGAGAAGGGGGGAGGGCGGCGUGGUGGAUCCUAUUUGCAUAGAAAGGCAAACACGCAUGCGCACAGUCCUUUUUUUGGGAGGCAAUGAAAAUGAAGUUGUCCCGCCUGAAGUACUCUGGGCUCGCUGCACAAUGGCCUUGAGCCUGCGCUCAUUCUCUCUGCCGGGAGGGUGUUUUGGGGGGAGAUCUCACUGCUGGGACCGCAGCACGAGCUCCGGGCUUGCGGAGGCUGCCCCGCUGCUCCGCGCUGGAGCAGCGCGGCGGUGCGCCGGGGUGGCGCUCUCUUCCUGCCAGGCGCCCUUCCUGCCGCUUGCCCCGUGCUGGCCCGGCCGCUCCAAUCCACUCCCCCGGGCAGGUGUGAGCGCGCCACCCUGGCCUUGCGCACCGCGGCACCCUGCCUGCCUUCCAGAAAGUUGCACUCGCGUCUGGUUCAAGUGCAGAGUGGGACCCGCCCCCCCCCGCCCCGCCCAGUCCCAGGCAGUAACAUUCACACCUGGCUUGUUGCUUUGGGAAAUGAGAUUUGUCCUUGAGCGACACCCCCCCCGCACGAACGCGCGUUGGUUUAAUCUGUGUUUAUACAACUGCGACCCAGUGGCCGCGUGGUCACGUGCUGGAAUGCUGCAUGUGGACGCCGCGCUUCAAAGCUGUGGAGUGACCAGUGUUCAUCACCUGUGAUGGAGAGCACACACGCACACCCGGUACGGCGGAGACGUGACUACACCUGCAAAGAGAAUCCCCGGUUCCGGUACAGGUGUGGGUCACUCCUUUCCUGUAGUGUAUGUGCGACCCCGAUCUGUAUGUGCGUUCGCUGGCGCAGCGAUGAGCACCCUUGUAAUACCGCCGUGCUCUGCCGGACGCAGAGCUGGAAGCUGCUGUAAUAAUAAAAGAGACCCCUGAAAGUCUUGUGGAAA